GCAGGAUGAGGGCGGCCAUUGCUGGGGCUCCGCCGCGGGGAGGAGGACGCUGAGGAGGCGCCGAGCCGCGCAGCGCUGCGGGGGAGGCGCCCGUGCCGACGCGGGGCCCAUGGCCAGGACCACCAGCCAGCUGUAUGACACGGUUCCCAUUCAGUCCAGCGUGGUGUUAUGCUCCUGCCCAUCCCCAUCAAUGGUGAGGACCCAGACUGAGUCCAGCACGGCCCCCGGCGUUCCCAGCGGGGGGAGCAGGCAGGGCCCCGCCAUGGACGGCACCGCGGCCCAGCCUCGGGCGAGCGCCAGCGCUCUGCAGCACGCCGCGCAGCCCCCGCAGCCCCGGAAGAAACGGCCCGAGGACUUCAAGUUCGGGAAGAUUCUAGGUGAAGGCUCAUUUUCAACAGUUGUCCUGGCCCGAGAACUGGCAACCUCAAGGGAAUAUGCUAUUAAAAUUCUAGAGAAACGCCACAUUAUCAAAGAGAACAAAGUCCCGUAUGUAACCAGAGAGCGAGACGUGAUGUCGCGGCUGGAUCAUCCCUUCUUUGUUAAACUUUACUUCACGUUUCAGGAUGAUGAAAAGCUGUAUUUUGGCCUUAGUUAUGCCAAAAAUGGAGAACUACUUAAAUACAUUCGGAAAAUCGGUUCGUUCGAUGAGACGUGCACCCGAUUUUACACGGCCGAGAUGGUGUCUGCCCUGGAGUACUUGCACGGCAAGGGUGUCAUUCACAGGGACCUGAAACCAGAAAAUAUUUUAUUAAAUGAAGACAUGCACAUCCAGAUCACAGAUUUUGGAACAGCGAAAGUAUUAUCCCCAGAGAGUAAACAAGCCAGGGCCAACUCGUUUGUGGGAACAGCCCAGUAUGUCUCUCCAGAGCUGCUCACAGAGAAAUCGGCCUGUAAGAGUUCAGACCUUUGGGCACUUGGAUGCAUCAUAUACCAGCUUGUGGCAGGACUGCCUCCGUUCCGAGCCGGAAAUGAGUAUCUUAUAUUUCAGAAGAUCAUUAAGUUGGAGUAUGACUUCCCUGAAAAAUUCUUUCCUAAGGCAAGAGAUCUUGUGGAAAAACUUCUGGUUUUAGAUGCCACAAAACGAUUAGGCUGUGAAGAAAUGGAGGGGUAUGGCCCUCUGAAAGCCCACCCGUUCUUUGAGUCCAUCACGUGGGAGGACUUGCAUCAGCAGACGCCCCCGAAGCUCACGGCUUACUUGCCGGCCAUGUCGGAGGAUGACGAGGACUGCUAUGGCAACUACGACAACCUCCUGAGCCAGUUCGGCUGCAUGCAGGUGUCUGCGUCGUCCUCCUCACACUCCCUGUCGGCCGUGGACGCGGGGCCACCCCAGCGGGCGGGCAGCAACAUCGAGCAGUACAUCCACGACCUGGACACGAACUCCUUUGAACUGGACUUGCAGUUUUCUGAAGACGAGAAGAGGUUGUUGUUGGAGAAGCAGGCCAGCGGAAACCCUUGGCACCAGUUUGUAGAAAAUAAUUUAAUACUAAAAAUGGGUCCAGUAGACAAGCGGAAGGGUUUAUUUGCACGGCGACGACAGUUGCUGCUCACGGAAGGGCCACACUUGUAUUAUGUGGAUCCUGUCAACAAAGUCUUGAAAGGUGAAAUUCCAUGGUCACAAGAACUCCGACCAGAGGCCAAGAAUUUUAAAACCUUCUUUGUGCACACGCCGAACAGGACAUAUUACCUGAUGGACCCCAGCGGGAACGCGCACAAGUGGUGCCGAAAGAUCCAGGAGGUGUGGCGGCACAGGUACCAGAGCCACCCGGACGCCGCCGUGCAGUGACGCCGCGGCCCCCCCUCGCCGCGGGGCCAUGCCCCACACAGCCUGCCGCCUCCGGACGCUUCCAGACCACCUGCCGGCCAUCUCAAGGGGGACGCAGACGGCGGAACCUUGCAGCUUUUUUAUUUAAAAGAAAAGAAGAAAAAAAACACCCAACCACACAAAGAACAAAACCAAUAACGAAAAGGAAUUCAGGGUCGCUUUGCUUGCUCUCUGUGCUGUGUGGAGCUCUCCACGCUCUGCUCGCCGUGGGGACCAGCGCCGUGCACGUCCGCCUGGCUCCCGCCCCGACUCGGGGACAGACUCGCGGCACCAACUCUCCACCACGGGCCCAUCACGCCCAUCCUGCUGUGGCCCCUGGGCCCAGGCGUGUCUCUGGGCUCUCCCUGCCCCUAGAUCAUCGGGGAACCAACUCUUCCCCAGGGAGCCAGGCAGGCCCCUGCUGGGGGGCCUCCAGCUGUGCGGGCGGGGGGUUCUUGGCUUUUGUCCGUUUCCCCUUUCUUCUCGUUCCCCGUGUCUGGCCUGAUCCCCACAACCGCGCUUGGCUCCUCCGGUAGCCGUGGCUGUGAGAUUCCUGCAGUCCUUGCUGUCUGUCUGCAAGCACUCCUGCGUCACGUCCGCCGGGCAGGCUCUGGGCGCUGAGAAAUGGAACAGGUUGUCCAGGCGAAGUGCAGAGCCGCUGCUGUGUUGGAGGGCGCCGGCCAGGCCUUCCAGUGUGACACCCCACGGAGUAGCAUUGCCCCGGGGAGCCCCAGGAGACGGGGUCUGUGGCCCUCUCCCCACGUGAGGCUGAGCCAGCGGGGCAGACAGGCCUGGUGGCCUCCUCUCGGAGGAGCGAGCACCAGUGGCCCUUCUGAGAGUCUGGUUGGAAGGUGCAGUGAGUGUGUCCGGGUGAAGUUGGGGCUGCGAGGUGCCCGGCAUUGGCACAUGGGCUGGUCCUCCAUCACACCAAGGCUGCCCCGCACACCCUUUUCCUGCUAAAGUUGCCCCUUCUCCUAGUCUAGCUCAGAGCAUUUUCACGUGUCCACCAGGAACGUCGAAAAGCCCUCUCAUGUCGUCAGGCCCUCCGGUCGCCGUCACGUGGGCUUCGCCUGGAGAAGCAUGGCGUCACUCCCCUUGCGCGGGGGCAGGACCGGCACACUUGAACCCAGGCCGCCAGCUCCUCUUCAGUUUCAGGCUAUGUCCUCUUGCUCUGUAGGGGCGCACGCUGCCCAGGGGGCCCCUGGGGGCAGCCCUCAGUCCCAGUGGAGGCGCUGGCGCUGUGGCCCUGUCCCCAGGGGAGGGCUGACUGCCAUUUCCUCUGGACUUUCACAGAGGCACCGAUUUAAACUCCCGUAGAAAAGGUCCCCUGACGACUUCUGUGCCCCUACCUCCUGUCUCACCCAUCACGUGUGAGAUCCACGGUCCACGCGGAGGGAAGGAUGUCUUAACCUCUGUUGGUGAUGUCACAACAGCAGCUGUUAAACUCGGAAGGAGGUUGGGCUGUGGAGAGUCCCACUGUGCGGGGGCCAGCAGGGGGUGCUGGAGGGGCGCAGAGAUGCAGCCGGGUUCGCCAGCGGGCGUGUGUGUGUGUGUGUGUGUGUGUGUGUGUAGGAUACCAAGGCGCAGGGGGUGCCUGCCGGGGCGGGGAGGUGGCCCAGAAAUAAGGCACUGACCUGGGCGUGUAGCCGUAGACAGCCCCCUCUCCUCCUUGCUCUGGAAAAGGCUUGCCUGUGUUCACCUGCUUUCCAAAAAGCGAGUCUGUCUUGAGCCUUUCUUUCAGGAUCAGGACUUGGGUUUCAGGUGCACACCCUGUUCAAAUGUCCCCUCGCCACAGCGCCUGCAUCUGUGUGUGCACUUGGAGGGCAGGGAGCCGCUCCCUGCUGCGUCUGUUCUGGGUGUCUGGGUGCGGGGCUGAUAGCCAGAGCUGAGUCCUGGCUGUAAAAGCACGCUUGGCCGGGCUGCUCAGGGAGAGACAGUGCUCCCACUGCAUUCUUCCCUCCGGAGAGCGCUACUACCUCCUGGGCUCAACCGACAAGCUCCAUCUUAAUCUCCAGAGCCAGAGACCCAGGGCUUUGGGGUUGAGCUUGCAGCUGGCAGAGUGAAGUGACUGCCCUGGCCUGAGCCAGUGACAGCUGAGCCCUUCUUUGUCGGCCACCUUUCUCUACUCGCUCACAACCCUCUUCCCUUGUUUUUUCUUUUAAAGGCCCUUACAUAUUCUCUUCCUACCCUGUGCUUCCUCAUGUAAUCUUUAGUUUUAUCCACCUCGUCCUUUGAGCCAUCAUCCUGGCAGGCAGGUGCCUUACGUUCUGAGAUGUGGAUGUGGGUGGAUGUCAGUCUCCGUACACACGCAGACAUGCCUGGAAACAUAUACAUAAACGUGGGCUGAUCCAGGGUGAGAAAGAGAACGCCCUAGUGUUCAACAGCUCAGGAGCCCGGAGUUGUACGAGAAGGGCAGGGCUGGGGGGGGGGGGGGGGGCAGAGCCGGAGCCAGUGCCUGUUGGAUAGCGCCACUCCCUCAAUGCCCGGCCCCUCGCCACAGAGCAGGGGCAGGAGGGCUCUGCCGGCUGGCAACGCCUGGCCUCCCUCCAGGGGCGUGAGGAAGCCAGAUGUGACCUGACCAGGGCAGUGGGCAGCCCUACCCCUAGAGGGCACCACGGGCCUGCCAUCCUGAACCUUGCAUCUCAGGAGACUGGUUAGACUUGCUUUGGGAAAGAUGACUCUUGGGGUCAGGCCGGAGCUGGCGGGAGCUGCACCUGCCGCAGCCCCCUUGGGGGGCAGGCUGUGGCACUUGUGGUGCAGGCCCGAAGGAACUGCAGGAGGCCUGUGGCACGGCCCCCCGAGGACGGGGUGCCAGCACGGGGCUCCGGGGCAUGUUGUGUUUGCUUAAAACAUCUGUGCUCUGAAAACAGCGCGAGGCUCAGCACCCAGGAACGACCGCUGCGUGCGUCUGUAUACAGGCCCAGCCUGCUGCCUCGCUGCCCCGCCUGCACACGUGUGUUCGCUCUUGUAACUGACCUGGGAACAUGACAACGCACACCAUUUUGCAUCCAGCUUUUCCCACUUGGUAGUUUUUGUUAAUGUGUCAUGUUUGAACAGUGAUUGAAAAAUCUUAUUUUUAAUGAUUGUAGAGUUUAAUAUUGGUUAAUAAUUUUUAUCAUAAUUUAUCUGACCAUUUCACUGCUAUAAAACAUUUAGGUGGCUUCUGGUUUUUCACCAUUUAAAUAAUGCUGUGAUUAAUAUCCUCAUAAAUCUUUGAUUUUGAACUCUGAAUCUCCCUCGCCCCAACCCUGCCCAGAUUCCUAGGAAUGGUGUUUUGGGGGCAAAGAGUUUGUUCAUUUUAAAGGUAGUGCAGUGUCUCUUCUCCUCUGUCUUGAUCUGAUGAGUAGAUGCUCAGAGUUCCAGUACAGAACUUCCUUAGUUGUGUUCUGCAGAUUCUGAACAAAUCAAUUUCUGGUAAGCUGUGUGUUCCCAAGAAUGUUUGAGUAAGAUUGCUCUCCCCGCCCCCCCCCCCCCCCUUAAUCCUAAAGUGAUGUCAUUACUGCAGGCCAUUUGUGACAUAUUUUUCCAAAAGCCAGUUUCCUUAUUUUCAUUGAGAAAACCUGGUUAUGCUUGCAUGUUACCUCCCCCCCCCCCCCCCGCCCCGCUGCUAUGGCUUUCAAGUGCUUGGUGACACUUCCAGAAUCUUGUACUUUGUGUCCACAAUGGUACUGAAUUUGCAUCUGCACAGUCAGCAGAGAUAAAAUGUUGAACUGACCUUGCCACAUACUUAGUGGAUGAUUUGUAAUGAAGUUUGUAGACUCAGAAAGUACACUGGGCCAUUUGGAAUCAGCAAAAGAGCAAAGGCUCUACUUGAAACCAUGUAGACAAUUGGAUUUUAGGGAAGUGUGCUUGCCCUCAUGUUCUUCAGAUCACAGGACUUAGGUCUUAGCAGUUCAUGCUGGCCAGGUUUUUUCAUUGUAGAACGUGAUUGUCCUGGCUGACAAGGAUUUAAGGAUUUCUCCUCCCCUCUCCUUGCCCACCAGUGUUUCAGGUUGCCUAGUUGUCUUUAAGUCCAGACCACCCAAAUUUGGCUUCAUCCUUAAUUUCUGCACUUUAGAUUGGGGUCUGUCAAUUCUGAGGUGAAACACGCAUGAGAGACUUUUCUGGGUGCCAUGCUCAGUGCCACUGGACAUUGUCAGAGGUUGUGGCCAGAUUGUGCAGAAUUAGAUCUCCUCCCUUCCCUCUGAUCACCUCCUUCUGUUUGGUCCAUAGACCAGAGCAGAGGCUGAGCAGCUGUGAGAUCAUGGUGAAGGUACUGUUCUUGGAGAUGGCACCAUAUGCGUUUCCCCAUGUUGUUUCCUUUCAUACCCAAACCUAGCAUGAACUGAUGGUGACUCGAGUGGGUGUGGCCCUUGCCUCUUAGGCAGACUACAUGGCAAGUGCCUUAACUUGGCAGGAGUCACUCCCAGAGCCUCUGAGGGGUGCAGGCUGCUGGCCCAAGACUGCAGGGUUGUGAACUAGGCUGCCUGUGGAGAUCUGGCCUGGGGAGGAAGCUGUUCAGCAGAGGGCAGUUUUAUCUGAGCUCAGACAGCAUGGUGGGCAAGCCUCCAAGGAUACCUGAAUUUCCCCCAGACCCAUUUCUUCACUAUGAAGAAAUACCAAACUAUGUACAGAGAACUUUUUACAAAAGGCAAACUUUUUUAGCUGUGUAAUACACCCUAGUCUAAACCAUCUGGCUGAAUAACUAUGAAUAGGGGUUCAUUUUGCUGAUGAAAAGCCUCUAUCGUGAUGUUUGAUUGGACAUCGACAAAUUGCAAAAUCAAAUUUUUGCAAUAUUUAGAGCUGCUGUAGCUGUUCCUUAACAACACAAAAUAGGAUGAAUCAGUAGUAUGUUAGCUGUCUUUCAGGUUGGUGGCAGUCAGUUAUAACGUGUAAUAUUCUCUACCUGGUCUGUAGCUGUAACUGUGAUGUACAGGCAAAGCAAAAAUUAAAAAAAGAACUUAUGAAAACAAAUAAUGCAAUGAUAUUAGGAUAUACACUUUUGUAUUUUUAUUCUUAUAUAAGGUUAUUUGCUGGCUAUUGUUGGCCUCUAGUUCAGUCUGUGUUAUUUAAAAUCUAAUAUAUGAAUUAUUUGGAUUGAAUUCAUGUUCGGGGCCACGUUGUUGUAUGUAUGGAUGUACAGCCUUGAAUGUGAAUAAUUAUUGUAAACUAUAUUUUACAACUUUUUUUUCUGGCUUUAUUAUAUAAAUUUUCUAUUUGGUCGAUGAUUUAAUCAUAUCAUAAUUUAAUGACUCUGUUUAUUCUUUUUUUUUUUCCCCAAAUAUUUGUGCUUUAGAUGUAGUUACCGGAUGAUGAAUUUUCCACGUAUGCUCGGUAGUCUUGUAAUAAAAAAGCAUGUAGAGUGUA